UUGGUUUACUUCCGGAAGUCUAUGCACUGAAUGGGCUUCACUGAGCUAGCCGGAGAAGACAGAAGAUUUGCUUGUUGUUGGCUACAUAGCUGUGACAUCCUGGCUGAGUUGGUGUUGUACAGAACAGGCCGCAGGUAGAAGAAUCAACAACAACUAUGGAGCAACAAUACGUCCAGGCUGGUUGGGCCCCCGCCCAUCCCGUGGUGCACAUGGAGUAUGCAGGCUUUGCUGGAGGUCAUCCCCCACCUUUCACAAGUCCUCCGGCAACCCCCAUGACCCCUAUGACUCCUGUGACCCCUCACCACGCUUUUCCAAUGCCUCAGUACGACUUGCCCAACCAUUACAACAGUCAUCCUCCACCGCCCCCUCAAUACACCCCGCCCCCAGACUACAGACUGUUUGCGCUGUGUCAGCACCUUUCCCAGAACGGGGCGGCCGGCGGACUCAAGGAUAGGGACAGCAAGUUCUGGUGGGAGGAGUUUAUGAACGAGUUCUUUCAUGAGGCGGCCACUCUUGUCAUAGAGGUGGAUCUGGGGGAGGGAACACGGAAGUUCAGACUGAGUAGGCAAUGGAUACCAUUCUACUUCAAGAGCUUCUUUGAGAAUGGAGUGACAUCACUGCACCUGUGUCUGGGAGAGGGGAGCAGCACUUAUCAUCAAGGCCUCUUAGAAAUGGAGUUCAGGAAUACUAUCAUGGAGACACAUCACUCGUCCCCUCAGCCGACAAAGGUGUGCACCAGUGGAUCUCUUAUAGUGGACUUUACACUGGAGGAGAAGCCACGAAUCAUCUCGUGGUAUUUCCACAUCAAUGAUCACAUGGAGUUCGUACCACGGAAGAACACGACUCAUGAGGAACCAACUGGUGUCCUUAGCAACAUCACCUGCAGAGGUUUGCUCCCGGCUACACAGAAACUGCUCUUUGAGGUAGGGUUAAUGGACUAUCAGGAAACACCUCGGUCUGCAGGUAUCAACUCCACCAUCGCAGCAGUAACCUCGGGUUGUCAGUGGCCAUCGUCACAACCUCCCCAGCUCAUCUCGAUGGGAGGAGACCAGUUCCAGAUCACUAGUGAAGUUCCCGGGCAACCCGCUGCUCUGAUGAAUGGACAUGUUCAAGCCGCCCCCACAGACUCUACCAUUAAGUUGUCAUGUAACAAAGUGACCUCGCCCAUUGCCACACCCACUAGCAUGAUGGUAGCCACUGAGGCAGUACUACUGGGAGACACCACUGACAUUCUGAGUCUAUGUGUGGGCGGUGAGGAGCGUAGGAUCACAAAAGUGCACUGUCAGCAGAAACAAGUCCUCUGUUCACCACAUCACAAGAUGGACGCCCCCGUGUACUAUAACCAUAGCAACGUGGGCGCGUGGGGAGCACAUGUCAAGAGGGAGCAGCUCACUCAAUGAACACAAUCAAAACAUCCAUCAUUAAAUUUUUAUCUACACUAUUCAAAACGCUUAAUUGCAACUUUGGCUAAUUUUUAUGUGAGCUUUAAUUGAUUCUUAAUUACCUCCUACAACGUGUUGUACGUGCCCCUUGUUAAUCACACCGUGAAGUGGCUGUCAUAAUUAUUAUUAUUAUUAUUGAUUAUUAAUUGUGUUGUGACGAUAUUGCUAUAGCAACCUG